GGUUGGCGGUCGCAGUCGCAUCUUCGCCGGCCGGUGCUCCCGCCGGGACGCUGUUGCGCACGCCUCAGCGCGGUAACGGACGCGCCGCCCGGUGCGCCGGCCCGGCCCCGGGGAUGGGCCCCAAGCUCGCAGACUCCGUGGAGGCGCUCCGCGCCGCCGGCAACCAGAGUUUCCGCAACGGCCAGUUCGCCGAAGCCACCGUGCUCUACAGCCGCGCGCUGCGGACGCUGCAGGCGCAAGGCUGCUCGAACCCGGAAGAAGAAAGCAUCCUCUUCUCUAACCGCGCAGCGUGCCACCUGAAGGAUGGCAACUGCAGGGACUGCAUCAAGGACUGCACUUCAGCGCUGGCCCUGAUUCCCUUCAGCAUGAAGCCCCUCCUGCGGCGGGCCUCGGCCUACGAGGCCCUGGAGAAGUACCCCCUGGCCUAUGUGGACUAUAAGACCGUGCUGCAGAUCGAUGACAGUGUGGCGUCAGCCGUGGAAGGCCUCAACAGAAUGACCAGAGCUCUCAUGGACUCGCUGGGGCCCGAGUGGCGCCUGAAGCUGCCCUCUAUCCCCUUGGUGCCUGUCACAGCUCAGAAGAGGUGGGAUUCCUCACCUUUGGAGUACCACAAAGAGAACACUAAGGGCAAAUUCAGAGAAGCCACAACCACCAAGGGCAGAGUGUCUUCUGCUGGGGAUGUGGAGAGAGCCAGAAUUCUGAAGGAAGAAGGCAAUGAGCUUGUAAAGAAGGGGAACCAUAAGAAAGCUAUUGAGAAGUACAGUGAAAGCCUGUCCUUCAGUGACAUAGAGUCCGCCACAUACAGCAACAGAGCGCUCUGCCAUUUGGCCCUGAAGCAGUACAAGGAAGCAGUGAGGGACUGCACAGAAGCCCUCAGGCUGGAUGGAAAGAACGUGAAGGCAUUCUACAGACGAGCGCAAGCCUACAAGGCACUCAAGGACUACAAAUCCAGCUUUGAAGACAUCAACAGUCUUCUGCAGCUUGAGCCGAGAAACGGCCCUGCCCAGAAGUUGCAGCAGGAAGUUAACCAGAGCUUAAACUAAAGACCCAGAAGCUCGGCGCCGCGGCCUCCUGCGGGGAGGUGCCCAAGCGCUUUUAAGAGUCCGGAAGUGUGGCCGCUCCUGAAGGAGGGAUGGAGAGAAAGGCCUUCUUGAAGUCCGCGUCCUUCCACUCUGGGCAGGGACUUCUUUUGACCUCAACAGUGGCCCCCUCCAAGCUUCUAGGUUCUUUGUAACAUGAAGUUAAUUUGAACUUAACGACUGAUUUUGUUGAACUGCGUAUUCAAGCUAUUGCAUUAAACAUCUUUCUGGUACA